AUGAAGCUCCUUAAUAUCCUUACCCUCCUCACCUCUACCACCCUCGCCCUCGCCCAAGACCUAGACACCCGAGAGGCCAACGAAGCCACCCUCGAAGCCCGCGCAACAACCAUCUGCGGCUCAGGCUAUAAACUCACCCAAGCCAUCCCUCUCCCCAAGGGUACAGAUCCUAAAAUGCGACUAGCAACCCUCUACUCCUACAUUGGGAAGGAUAAGGGCUGUGUCUUCCUCGAUAAUAAUGUCGGGACAUCGCGCUACAUGUACGUCAACGUGUGCCAGUGGGAUAAGAAGAACUGCGACAAGGACUCGGGAACCUUUAGUCAGUAUGCUGGACCGAUCUAUAUUAAAGACUUUGCUUGCGCGCCUGUUACGGCGAAGAUGGGGAAGAGCUCGAAGGAUUUAUUUAUUAAUUAUAAGUCGGAGGGAUGA